AUGGGUCAUAUCUGGUCAGCGUUCGUUCGCGAGACUUUUCCUCCGUCGACGCAGUUUUUCGCGUCUGACGUCCCAGACAUGUCCGGAAAGGUUGUUCUUGUUACUGGUGCUAAUUCAGGGAUAGGCAAAGAGACUGCCAGAGUCCUCCUAACAAAAAACGCCAAGGUUUACAUUGCUUGUCGCGACAAGACCAAGGGUGAAGACACUAUUCGCGACCUAAAGGAGAGCACCGGAAAAGAAGCAUGUUUCUUGCAACUCAACUUGGCAAACUUGAAGUCCGUCAAGGCUUCUGGAGAAGAGUUUCUGCGGAGAGAACCUGUUCUGCACGUUCUAUUCAACAACGCUGGGGUAAUGACUCCUCCUAUGGAGAUGUUGACGGACGACGGUUAUGACUUGCAAUUUGGCACAAAUGUCCUUGGUCACUUCUACUUCACGAAAAUUAUUAUGCCUGCUCUUCUAGCGGGUGCUGCGCAGUCACCUGACGGAGCUGCGCGCAUUGUGAACACGUCUUCUAACGCCCACUGGUUCGGUAGUCUGGACUAUAACACGUUCAAGGACUCCCCCGCCAGGAAACAGAAGAGUGCCAUGGGGCUCUAUGGCCAGAGCAAAAUGGGCAACGUCUUAUUUGCAGCUGAGGUAGCUAGACGAUAUGGCGACCGGGGUAUAGUCUCGACAGCACUCAACCCUGGUGGUGUCAAGACGGAGCUCAGCCGUUAUUAUGACUCCUUUAGCAAAAUGAUAGGCAACAUGGUUUUCCAUGAUGUAUCAUUUGGCGCGCUCACGCAGCUAUACGCUGGAACCACUGCAGAAGGAGCAAAUCUUAAUGGAAAGUAUCUUGUUCCUUGGGCGCGCAUUGGGAACACACACCCAGAAGCACAGGAUCCACAGCAGGCUUCGGAGCUAUGGAACUGGCUUGAGGAACAAGUCAAGGACAUUUAG